AUUGCACAAGGACUCGCUCAUAUUCAUAAAUAUGGGAUAAUUCAUCGUGAUUUUCACUGUGGUAAUAUAUUAAAAAAGAGCCACUAUAUUGCAAUUAUUGAUUUAGGAUUAUGUCGACCAGCAAAUGUAAAACCAUCCCAAAAUGAAUGUAAAGAAAUAUAUGGAGUAUUACCCUAUGUAGCACCAGAGGUUUUAAGAGGAAAAGGAUAUACUCAAGAAAGUGAUAUCUAUGGAUUUGGAAUUAUUGCAUAUGAAAUCUGUACAGGGCUUCCUCCUUAUCAUGAUAUUGCUAUGAUGAAUUCUUAG